UUCACCAAUGCGGCGUCGCCGGAACAAUAAACGCGAGCCGAAUUCGGCUGACACCACCACUGCGGUGUCUACUGGAAGCAACAGGGGCAACUCGAGCCGCAGCGAUGUGGGGCGGACUGGCCUCCCAGCAGCUGGUGGGCGCAUGCAGACACCUGGUGGCCGUGGGGGAGGCGGCGGCGGUGGUGGCCGGCGCGGCAGGAACAAGAUGGCGGCGCAACAGCAGGGUACUUCCACGCCAACACAACUGCACAAUAGGACUCCACACACAGUGUCUCAGAAGAGUUCAUUGUCUGCCCCACAUCAGAAGUCUCGUAUGGAAAAAAAAAUACUCAGUGAUUUUAUGCCUGAUGGUAAGUUUAAUCAAAAGAAUGACUCCCCCAGAAAGAGCCACAAGGUGGCUACUUCACAUAAUGUUGGGAAAAAGGCUGCUGAGGGAACAAAAUCAUCCAGACAUGCUGAGUUAAUAUUGCCAACCAAACAACAUGAAAGCGGCAGCACACUGCCUACAGCAAGAAAAGAGAAGCUGAAAAUAAAUGUUCCACAACUGACAAAUAGUAGCAACAGGUGUGGCAAAGACAAUAUUGGACAUACUGUACCUGAACUAAUGGCUGAUAAAAGCACGAAAAGAUUGGAACAUUCCAGGGAAAGCUAUGCUCAAACUGUCAAAUUUCCAGUGCAAACAAGAACGCAGCCCGAGGAAUUAGACUUAAGAGCAUCAUCUGUAUUAGAACUCGGUGGAGAAAGGGACAUCCCAGAGCCAACUAGCCCUGCAUACUCGGACAAUGAUUGUAGUUUCAUGACAUAUUCCAGUGAUGGAAUAUCUGUCAUUAUAAGCAAUGGUGGCUGUGUUUUACAUGAUGAACCACAUUCAAUUGUGCCACAUACAGCCAAGUCAGAUCUGGAGAAAUUGGGAAAAGCAUUGUGUAUUGAAAUUCCAAAGCAAGACAAUGAAACUGAUGAUGGUGUGAAGUCAGUGAAAUCUAUAUCACCAGUGUACACACCAGGGAGUACUUGCCCAGAACUAACUUUUUCUGGAUCUCCUCCACUUCUCAACAGCUUGGACUCCAUUAGCCCUGUGGACUCAGCAUGGUCCUCAAGAACCUUGUCUCCAAUCAGCUAUGAAUGCAAUUCACCGGCUGUUCUCACCAAAACAGCCUCCACUGCUGCUACUUCUGGUAGUGUGGUCACUACUACUACUCCAACUACACCAAUUUGCAGGAAGAUCCCUUCCAGUAAUAGUACAAUCUCUCCAGCAAAUGCAGAUGACACUUGGCUGUGGCUUCCUGCUAUCAUUCCACCAUUGACGUUGCUGUUACGCUGGAUUUGGUUCCCAGCACCACCACCAAAUUUGCCAUGGAGGGAUCCGGUACUCAAAGAAAAUGAGAAGGCAGCACUAACUGCUCACUAUUAUUUAAGAGGGCCUCCACCAGAUCCUUCUAAUAUUCAGUGCAUAGAGGGUAGAUGGAAGAAGGAUCCAUACUGGAGAUGGAUCCCAUCAAAUGGGGACGUGAGUGAAGGUGGACAUUGGUAUGAGUUGCCAACACCACCAGAGCCAGCUCAGGGAGCUUGGUAUCUUGUUUGGCCUGCAGAGUUACCAAUGAGUACUUCCCCUUUUAUUCCUGGUCAUGGCACAUGGCUAACAGGCACAUACUAUGCUAAGAACAAUUUGAUGCCUACAAUGCUAUUACCUCAAAAGAACUUACCACUCAUGUAUAUGUAACUGAAACUUUCCAAGACGAUGCAUUUCAAAAUUAACAUUGCCAUUGUGCAAUGUCCAGUUCAAAAGAUUUGUACAAAACCUAGUUACCUGUGUUGCAUAGGGUGUGCUUCUCAGAGAAAGCUUCAUUCUUUGUUAUUCGGAGAAUUUUAUGAGCUACUGCUAAGGUUUUGUCCUUGUGUUUACCAUUUAACACCACUAGUAAAUGGAAGUUAUGUAAUUGGGCAAUGUAUCAUUUAUAGCUGUGAGCUUGAAUCAUUGAAGCAGCAGGCAUUUGGAAUGGGCGUGGGAGUUUCUAUAUUGUAAUAAUAUUUUCUUCUGAUUGCUGAGCUAAAAAUACUCCACAAAAAUUGUGUGUUUGCUAUGUGUAAAAAGUAAAGGCAUUGAUGUACAUGAGUGAGACUGUUUAUGCACAAGUAUCCAGGUAAAGCAGAUUUAUGCUGGCAGUUUUCUGUUACCUCUUGUUAAGUGUUUACAGUUAAUAUAUUUUAAAAUAAAUUGCCUUUAUACACCAAAAAUUCGUCAUGUAUAGAAAAUCUUAACAAAGUGGAGUUGUAGUAUAUUUCUCCUGAAUCCUUAGAAAGAAAAUGACAAUCUUGUCUGACAAAUGGUUGUCCUGUUAUGGAAUGCAACAAACUCAAAUAUUGCCUUGUGGUUAAUAAAGGAGUUGGACCAUUGCUUUAUACCCAUCAGUACUGGCAGCUCUUUGACUUGAAUUAAUCAGAUUUCAAAUGACUGCCUCAUUGUUGUGGGAAGUAAAUAGUAUUGCAAAACUAAUGUUGUA